GUAGCACAAAAGGAAUUAUUCCCCAUCAAAACUCAAGGGAGAGAGAAGAAAAAUGUCUUAGGCGACUCAGAGAAAGAAUGCGCCACAUGCUUUUCCAUUUGGCUCUGUUUUCGACUCUGAGUUCUGCAACUCUGUUUCUAGUUAAUGGAGCUAUUGAAUCUUCAUCACCCUCCUCAUUUCUCUUCUCUUAACGCCCUUCAUGGGUUUUAUUCCUCUUCCACUUUGCUUCCUACGAUGUUGAACCCUCGUUUGUGUGGUGUCGUCGAAGAAGCUUCUGGCGGCGACAGUGGUGAUUUUGUUUAUGUGGCUGUUGGGAAAUCAUUUGAGAAGUCUACGAGUUUGCUUCGGUGGACUUUUCGUUGUUUUGGUGAUAAAGAAAUUCGGCUCCUACAUGUUCAUCAGCUCUCUACUGUUAUACCCACGCUACUGGGGAAACUACCUGCAAGCCAGGCGAACACGGAUGUGGUGGCUGCAUAUAGGAAGAAGGAGUGGGAACAAACAUCUCAGCUUCUUGAAAAUUACUUGGGAUACUGCCACAGAGCCAAGGUCAAAGCUGGUAUCGUUAUGAUGGAAGCUGAACAAGUUCAGAUAGGGAUUGUGGAUUUGGUUAACAAAUACAACGUUAGGAAGCUUGUCAUGGGGACUAUGGCAGAUAGUUGUGUGAGAAUGAAAGUAAAGAAGAGCUCUAGUAAAGCAGAUUAUGCUGCUAGAAAUAUCCCUUUGCCAUGUGAGAUAUUGUUUGUCAACAAAGGGAACCAUGUUUGGACCAGAGAAGCUGUUGAAGGAUCAUGUUCUGCUUCAUCAUCGUUGCUGCACGAGCUGGCUAUCACAACAAAUUUUUGUUCACAGUCAUCUCUGGUUGAUAACAGUCAAUCAUGCGACCAACAGUAUUCUCAUUCUAGCUCUGCAAAUGGUAUAAUUGAAGGCUUAAAUUGCAUUGAUAAGGAACCCUUUCAUGUAGAAGGUGUUAUGUCGAGUUCUUUGGAUAUACAUUUCCCAUGCCCUUUGCAGAUUUCUUCUAGUUCAGCUAGUACGAGCUCUGAUUCAGGAUAUUCAUCAGUUGAAGGGAGAGAACCAACAAGAUCUGAUUCAAAGGUUGAGGAAAGGGGUUUAAAUGAUGAACUUAAAGAUGCCAUUCUAGAAACAGAGGCAUCAAGGAACGAAGCAAUUGCGAUGCAUUUAAUAUGUAGAAAGAUGGAACAAGAAGCUGCAGAAUCUAUAAAAAAGUUCAAGGUCUUCAAAUGUGUCAAUGAACAUGAAAUUGAUCUUAGGAGAGAGACUGAAGAAGUGUUGAGAACUAUUAUAGAGAAGAAACAAACUCUCUCAGAAGAAAGAACUGAAAUACGCGAGGAGCUAGAGAGGACCAUGAAGACUCUUGCUCUUCUUGACACUCAGGCACGGGAAGUAAAUCAGAAGCAGGAAGAGGCCACUGCAGAACUAAAAAAUAUACAAGCAUCAAUUGUGGUUCUCAAGAAGGAAAAGCAGACGAUACAAAGCCAAAAGAUGAAUGCUCUGAAUUGGCUGUCCCAAUGGAACAGUCAGGAGGUUGUAUUGGAAAAUUAUAAUGCUUCAAUCAGAGUUAUGGAGCACCAACCUCAGCUGAUUGAAUUUACAUUCUUGGAAUUACAGAUGGCCACAUGUGAAUUUUCUGAAAAAUUCAAGAUUUCUCACGGAGGUUAUGGUUGUCUUUAUAAGGGUGAAAUGUUGGGUAAGACAGUUGCUAUAAGGAAGUUGCAUCCACAUUAUAUACUGGGUCCAGCAGAGUUUCGUGAAGAGGUUGAAGUAUUGGGUAAACUACAACACCCUCAUUUAGUGACUUUGCUUGGCGUAUGCACAGAAGCAUGUUCCCUAAUAUAUGAGUACUUACCCCAUGGGAACCUCCAAAGUCACCUUUUUCGAAAAGGCAACACUCCUCCAUUGACGUGGAAGACUCGAGCACGAAUAAUAGCUGAAAUUGCAAGUGCCCUUUGUUUCUUGCACUCUUCAAAGCCUGAAAAGAUUGUCCAUGGAGAUCUAAAGCCCGAAAACAUCCUUUUAGAUUCUGAGUUGACCUCCAAAAUAUGUGAUUUUGGUAUUCAUAGGCUAGUAUCUGAAGAAACACUUUACUGCCCAAGCUUUAGGCGGAGCACUGAACCAAAGGGUGCCUUUUCACAUACAGAUCCAGAGUGCCAACGAGAUGGAGUUCUGACACCCAAAUCUGACAUUUACUCCUUUGGACUGAUCAUUUUGCAGUUGCUCAGUGGAAAACCAAUAGUUGGACUAGUAAUUGAGUUGCGCAAGGCCAUUUCAUUUGGUCGGCUCGAGUCGGUUUUGGACUUAUCUGCUGGGGAGUGGCCUGUAGAUGUUGCAAGGAGGUUAGUAGAUAUUGGUCUACAAUGUUGUGAACUGAAGGGCAGUGAUAGACCUGAGCUGACACCUACUAUCGUGAGAGAAUUAAAACAACUCCAAGACUUUGAAGAGAGGCCUGUCCCAUCUUAUUUCUUGUGCCCCAUUCUCCAGGAGAUCAUGCAAGAUCCUCAAGUGGCAGCAGAUGGCUUCACUUACGAAGGAGAAGCGAUACAUGAAUGGUUAAACAAUGGUCGAGAAACUUCUCCAAUGACAAAUUUGAAACUCAAUCACUUGCAUCUCACUCCAAAUCAUGUUGUGCGUCUUGCCAUUCAAGAUUGGCUUUGCAGAGUUUGAAAUGUUCUCUUAUUUAAUGAGUCUAAUUGUUGUAAAAUAUGUUGUUUAUAUUAUUCGUGUCUGUGCUUCAAAGCAUCUUCUUCAAUGUAAAUAUAUGAAAUUUUACAAAGAUAAAAAUAACCUUUGCAGUAAAAAAAGAACGUUUAUUCUAAAA